UGACUCGGAUUCGGAAUCGGAACUUUGUGCGGGUGCUAUAUGGCCCGAUUCGAGCCAGAAGCAGCGCCAGAACGGAUCCGACUCGACUACAGAAGUAACCCGUGAAGCGUGAGUGAGUUGAGCUCGGGCUCGAGACUUACUGACGCGAUUUUCCCAGUUUCCGUCGGGAUCUCGCUGCGACACGUACCUCAGAUACCCAGCACAGUUGGAGCACCGCCGCCACUGAACUUGGACUACUUCGUCGAGAAGAGACAUAAACUGGAGCAGCUCCUUCCGUUCGAAUCGCCUGCACCUGGUCUUGGUCCAGAUGGUAGCCAGCAUCCCUGCUUCCCGUCUGGCGGCUAGUAACGCUCGCCCGCUUCCUCGUUGACUUCUCCCAGAUAGUGUGCGACUGGAGUGCCGUUGGUCCCAUUCAGUGUCCGGAGGAUUUAUGUAACCUCAGUGAAGAGUGAUAAGCAGGUCCGUUAAGUGCAUCCUGCCGGAGCGCGGCUGUUUGAGUCAGUGCAACGUCCGCAUCCUUGCUGCCAGUGAAGUUCGGAGCAAUAGUUGUUCGCAGGGUGGUGAGAACUCCGCGUGUGCGUGCGGUGGUCGUGAAGUGUCGCGGAAAUUGUGUCGAGCGUGGAUAGUGCAGUGUGUUGCGGUCAAGUGGAAGCGGAAGCGGCCGCGAGGGCGCCCAGCCGCGGGCAGCGGCCCUGGCCCCGGGGACCCAAUCUAUCACCUCCGCUGUUGGAUUAACGAGGUUCGCCCGGCUCCACAGAUUCCAUUUUCUAAACCGCUUGAAACUGAGUGAAAUGCACUUCUACUGAAGGCUGCAUGUGUGGUAAAUGAAGCUUUCGACAUCACCAAUCUCAUCAAAAGGAUAUCCUGAAAGAUUUUCCGGAUAAUUAGGAACAGAAAAGGGAACGGAGGAAUUCGGUACAUUUGUCUGUUACGUUACAAUUUUUUCAAACAACUGCUCAAAAACAGAGAAAAUUGAAUGGCCUAAUUAAUUUGUUAACGAUGGAUUUGCGAUAAUAGCGGUCAUGUUUAACUUCCAGCGAAUUUAAGAGAUAAAUUUUGGACGGAUGCCAUCAUGAUCAGAUCGUUCUUGGUAACAGCGACACGGUCGAAAACAGAGAGAGCAUCACAAGCAGAUUUAGAUACAUUGUCGGUCAGAAAAGAUAGAAAGGAAAGAACAGAUAGAAUUCGCAAGAGGCCAGCAAACUUAACGGAGACGAGCAGCAAUACUUACAGUGUUUUGACGGUUGGCGCGAAAACGCGAAAUUUCCGUUGCGUGUGGACGCUGGCAAGGACUCGUGCGAGUUAACCUUUUUGUCGUUGUCGUCGUCAGUCUCGGUGCGGUGGUGUUCCGGUGCAACACGGUACACGUGACCUUGUUUAUCGGGUGGGGCACAACUUGACCCCCAUCGCACCAUGAACCUGAGCAGCAGUGGCAGCAUGGCGGACUACAAAUCACAGCUUCCAACGAAUAUGUCGGGUAUCUUUGGCUCGACAGGACCUCCUCCUCUUUCUGCAGAUAUACUUACCAACUUUUCGACUGAUUCUCCUCCAUCCGAUGAUGAAACUGCUUGGGUGACAACUGUACUCUUAGUAUUGAAGGCCUCAGUUAUGAUAUUCAUAAUUGUGGCUGCCAUUUUUGGUAAUUUACUAGUAAUAAUUUCUGUGAUGCGAAAUAGAAAGUUAAGGAUUAUAACAAAUUACUUCGUAGUGUCUUUAGCAAUGGCCGACAUAAUGGUAGCAAUGAUGGCCAUGAGUUUUAACUUCAGUAAUCAAGUGUUAGAGAGGUGGAUAUUUGGUCCCUUCCUGUGCGACCUAUGGAAUAGUUUAGAUGUGUACUUUUCUACAGCGAGCAUCAUCCACUUGUGCUGCAUAUCUGUGGACAGAUAUUACGCCAUAGUCAAGCCACUGAAAUAUCCCAUAAACAUGACGAAGAAAGUAGUCGCGAUCAUGCUCCUCAACACGUGGAUUUCGCCUGCUCUCUUGUCCUUCGUGCCGAUAUUCGCCGGCUGGUACACUACCGACGAGCACCUACGGGAUGUGGAACGACAUCCUGACAUGUGUAUUUUCGUAGUUAACAAACCCUAUGCAAUUAUUUCUAGUUCAAUAUCAUUUUGGAUACCGUGCACAAUCAUGAUUUUCACAUACUUGGCCAUUUUCCGGGAGGCAAAUCGUCAAGAGAAACAGCUGGCCGUGCGCCACGGCAACGCGAUGCUCAUGCACCGACACUCAACAGGUGGCGGGACAAAUGGAGAAGCUCUAAGUGGCUCGGGAUCAUCGAAAACGUUAACAACCCACGACUUGGAGCAGGACCACACCCCAACGCGAGAAAGACACCUAAUCAAAAUGAAACGUGAACACAAGGCUGCCAGAACUCUGGGCAUAAUCAUGGGAACAUUCAUAUUGUGCUGGUUACCCUUCUUCCUGUGGUACGUGAUAACAACACUGUGCGGCGAACCGUGCCCUUGCCCCGAGGCGGUGGUGACACUGCUCUUCUGGAUCGGGUACUUCAACUCAACGCUCAACCCGCUCAUCUAUGCGUACUUCAAUCGGGACUUCCGGGAGGCUUUCCGAAGCACCCUCAACUGCCUGUUCUGCUCGUGGUGGCGAGGUAGAUUACCUUUAGACGUAGAUGUAAGACGAUCAAGUUUGCGGUAUGACAAUCGCGCUAAAAGUGUGUAUUCAGAGAGCUAUCUAAAUUCUAGCCAUCCACAGAUGCGCUCCAGCACACAAAUGAUCGAGAGUUUAUAAUGGAAACCAAAGAUAUAAUUGACCGUAACAAUACAAUAAUGAGUAGAUUACGAGUACAUAUAACUAGGUUACGAUUAAAAUUACAGUACGUAGUAGAGCGCUGAAACAAAUUCUCACUUAUUUAAUUUUAAGAUGGUGCUUCCAGAGAGAAUCAAAGGGCCGAUAACAAGUCAAAGUCUUUUUUAUGUGUCCCCUAUAGCUGACUCCUUCCGAAUCGCCAUGUAAGGACAAAACAAUGAAAAGCAAUAUCGAAUCUGGUUAUUAGAUACUUUUUGAACAAUUUUUUAUAACGUUAUAAGUUAAAAGAAAGGAGGGAGAACUUAAACUUCUGUAUAUAUACAUAUGUAUGUACGUUAAAUCACUGAGUUCGAUGAUGAGACCAAGAAUUUAUCGAUACCGGGAGACGGGAACUCUACACACGCGAGAAAACCUCCUGUCUACGAACAAAGAAGCAGAAGCCAAGCAAUAUAAAAUAGACUUUCUUAUAGAUGCAUGUGUAAUACUUUCACCAUUUCUCACUCAUCACAGAUAAUCCAUGUGUUGUGAACAUUGAUAACUGACGAUUGAUUGACUGUACGAGUAUGGCGUAUGCAUAGAUAAAUUUUAACAAUUUAGCUCACAAUGUUAGCCGUAAGUUCAUGCAUUGAUAGUGAUUGUGAUUUGAAAGAUGUUUGUGAUAGAAAAUCUUGUGUAAAAGUCUAAAACCUAAGAAUUAAGAUACUUCGAGUGUCGACAAAGCUAUACCUAACAAAGUGUCCACACUAUAAACCCCAUAAAGUUAUUUAUUUGCUUCCAGGACCAGCAGAAAGUUGUGUUAGUAAUUGGCGUUGUACCGAAAUUAUGCAUUUAUUUCUUCCAAUGGAAAAUCUACGAUUGAUUUAGCGAAACAACAGUUAAACAGUCAAGUUAUCGUUUUACAUUUACGAGUAUAUUCUCAUGUUAACUUUUUCUGGAGUGCUAUUCAGUUAGAGAUUUUAUAAUUUAAGGAUGAAAGUGGGAAUACCCGAAAGGUCGAGCCAAUAUUUUGUGCGGAUUUCCGACUAACGAGGUCAUGUUGUAUUGUGUUCAUUUGUAUAAUUUAAAUCAUUGAAUAGAACAAAUUUUGCUAAUAUACGAAA